AUGGCCUGGGCUCGGUCUGUGGAUGCAGUGCUGGCCAAUAAAGAGGGCCUGGCAGCUUUUCGGGCAUUUUUGAAGUCUGAGUUCAGUGAGGAGAAUGUGGAGUUCUGGCUGGCCUGUGAGGACUUCAAGAAAACCAAAUCCUCCACCAAGAUUGCCUUGAAAGCCCAAAAGAUUUAUUCUGACUUUAUACAAGCUGAUGCUCCAAAGGAGAUAAACAUUGACUUCCACACCAAAAAUGACAUUUCCCAGAAGAUCUCAGAGCCCACCCUGAGCUGCUUUGAUGCUGCUCAGAGCUCCAUCUACUCCCUGAUGGCCAAGGACUCCUUCCCCAGGUUCCUGAGGUCAGACCUGUACAAGGAGCUGCUGCAGAAGCACCAGGACAGCAAUCAGAAGAGGUGGCUCCCAUUCCUGUGAGGAGGAACACUGAGCCCUCAGGAAUUGAUAAUGCCUCCCUUUAUUUUUAUUUUUAAAAAAUUAAAUUUUUUUUUUUUUAAAGUACAGAUUGCACAUGAUGCUUUCGAACAGCAGUAGAGGAAUAUUCAGCCAGCAGGAUGGAGAAUGCCAGACACUUGAGAUACCUUCCUAAUAAAAAAGUUUGCCAUUGUUAUUUUUUUUUUUCCCAGUGUUUGCUUCAUUUUUCAAAGAGUUUGAGGUUUUUAAAUAGAAUGUUUUGGUUUUCUUGUUUGCUGUAUGGCCUCCAAAAUAAAUCCCUUUCAGGAGCCUUGAAUACAUUUAUUGCUUCAUUUGCCAUCUUAUUGGUAGCUUGCAAAACAUUUUAAAUCCUCUUUCAAACAUGUUUUAUACUAAUUCAAAACAGGAGAUGUAGAAAUGUGGUUGAUAACAUGCUAUGGUAAUAUUUAAUAAACAGGCAGCUGCUUUAUAGC